AACUCCCGAGCCGUAGCGGAGAGAGGAACCCUUUCCACCUCCAACUCUCCCUCUCCCUCGCUUCCCGCCUCCUCUCGCUACCUCCACCUCCACCUCCACCUCCGCCACCCACCGCCCGCAGCGCCUCCUCCUUUCCUCCUCCUUUCCUCCUCCUCUCCUCCUCCUCCACUCUUCCUCCCUCCCCUCUCUCUUUUUGGCAGCUGCUGGACGUCCGGUGUUGGUGGUGGCAGCGGCGGCAGCCUAAGCAGCAGCAGCCCCCAGCGCGCGCCAGCUCGCCCGCUCUCGCCGCCCCUGCCCUCUCCAGCUCUCUCCAUCCCGUCUCCCGAAAGGUGUUGGGCGGAUCCGAGGCAGCGGAGGCCGAGCGGCUGCAGCGGCGGUACCGGCGGAGGCAGCGGUAGCGGCGGCGGGAGGCAGGAUGAGCGCACGCGGUGAGGGCGCCGGGCAGCCGUCCACAUCAGCCCAGGGACAACCUGCCACCCCGGCGCCACAGAAGCGAGGACGCGGCCGACCCAGGAAGCAGCCGCAAGAGCCAACCUGUGAGCCCUCUCCUAAGAGACCCAGAGGAAGACCCAAAGGCAGCAAGAACAAGAGCCCCUCGAAAGCAGCUCAAAAGAAAGCAGAGACCAUUGGAGAAAAACGGCCAAGAGGCAGACCCAGGAAAUGGCCACAACAAAUUGUUCAGAAGCCUGCUCAGGAGACUGAAGAGACAUCCUCGCAAGAGUCCGCAGAGGAAGAUUAGGGGGCGCCGACAUUCAAUUUCUACCUCAGCAUCAGUUUGAUCUUUCGAAGGGAGAAGACACUGCAGUGACCACUUACUCUUUACUGCCACGGUCUUUCCACUUUCUGCGGGGU